AUGGCAUCGGAGGCAGACUCUCCGCAGGGCGGUGGCCAAGUAGCGGCUGCUCCUAAUCCCUUCAAUUUCCAGACGCAGGUGAUAUCGACAACUCCUGUCAAAUCGCUCCAACGACAGAACGUCGGCCAGCGUCGUGGGCACCGGUAUAAGCAUAGCAGCGUGUCGGCCCAGCAUCAAAUCUUCCAAGAGCCGCCUCCAAGACCGCCUCCUGUCCUCCCAGCAUCGCUCCCCACGCCUACCCUCAAAGAAGCCUGGAAGAGCUUACAACGAGACCAGCGCAUGCGCCUCUACUGGGGCCUGUGCCAUGUCGCCAUUGCCAUGUUCAUAUUCUACAGGUCGGGAGGCUCUCUUGCUGCCAUGGCCUUGUCUCAUCUUGUCUUCUUCGACGCGGGCAGCGCUGCCGUCUGUGUGGUGGUCGACGUGCUAGGCAAUUUCGAAGUGUGGCGUCGUAGCAGCAUUAGACACCCCUUUGGACUUGAACGGGCUGAGAUUCUUGCGGGCUUCGCCAUGUCUAUUUUCCUACUAUUUGGAGGGUUCGACCUGCUCUCACACAAUCUUAAACACAUACUCGAGUCGGUUGGGGACCACGAGGCUCACCACGAACAUGAACAUGCUCACGACCAUGUCUCCUCCAACUCUCUUGAUCUUGUGUCAGCUGCUGCAAUUGCGAGUACACUUGUUUCCGCUUAUGGGUUGAAAAACCAUGCUCGGAUUGCCAAGGUCAUGAGAGUUUCCUAUCUGGCGACCCUGCCCAGCAUACUCUCCAACCCUUUUCACUUUUUUACCCUCUUCUUCUCCGCCCUUAUUGCUCUCUUGCCCCUGCUAUCUAUUUCCUUGUACGACUGGCUCGAUCGGCUAAUUUGCGCCGUCAUCUCCCUUGCCAUGUUCAGUCUGGGAAUGCGCGUCGCUGUUGCCCAGGGACUAAUGCUCCUCAUGUCCUAUGGCGGUAACAGAGGCGAUGUUGGCGUCUCAGCCGUUCUCCGUGAGAUUGAAUCCGAAUCAGGCAUUGCUCGCAUAGACGGUGCCCAAUUCUGGCAGGUUCACUAUGGCCUGUGUAUGGCCAAUUUGAAAAUCAUCAUUACGAAUGGCUUUGAUGAACUGGCACUGGGAAAGCUGCGCAAUCGGAUAUCAACUUUGAUACAGAACAGGUUAGGGGAAGGUUAUGGCAACGGAGGCAAUGUGAGGUGGGAAGUGACUCUAGAAACGACUGUUGAUGCUACGAUUUGA